GUGGUCAAUGGGCAGUGUUUCUUCAGGCCACGUUGCUGUCACAUAUCAACUUAUCUCGGUCAGACCAAUGACGAAUUCAAGACAAGUGAGCAAGGGUUUUUAAAAGUCUUCAAACAGAAUCAGUACAAAAGUUGUUUUCCGCUACAGCUCGCGGAUCGCUGAUUCACACCGAAUAAUACUGCUACCCCGCGCUGAUGACAUGACUGCUCAAAAAUCCUGCUCAAGUCUCGCGUGGUUCUCUCUGCUCUUCCCCGGUCUCUCUCCGCCAACCCCUCCAGUCUCUCUGUCCCAGCCUGUCAGUGCCGUAGCUAGUAUCGGAGGUUGACAAUCCUCCCCUAGACCCAGAGAGCGACCCAGCCUGCCGUGAACCUGACCGAGGCUUGGAGACCCACUCUCAGCCAUGGCUACUACUAUCGUUACCUCCACCCGCUUUACAGACGAAUACCAACUCUACGAGGAGCUCGGGAAGGGAGCGUUUUCAGUGGUGCGAAGAUGUGUGAAGAAGUCAUCAGGUCAGGAGUUCGCUGCCAAAAUCAUCAACACCAAGAAACUCUCCGCCAGGGAUCACCAGAAGCUGGAACGAGAGGCGCGUAUCUGCCGCCUGCUCAAACACUCAAACAUAGUGAGGCUACAUGACAGUAUCUCAGAGGAAGGCUUUCACUACCUUGUCUUUGACCUGGUGACAGGAGGAGAAUUGUUUGAAGACAUCGUUGCUAGGGAGUACUACAGCGAGGCCGACGCCAGUCAGUGUAUUAACCAGAUCUUGGAGAGUGUUCAACAUAUCCACCACCAUGACAUCGUCCACAGGGACCUCAAGCCUGAGAACCUGCUCCUGGCCAGUAAGAUGAAGGGAGCUGCGGUGAAGCUGGCAGACUUUGGCCUGGCCAUCGAGGUGCAGGGGGACCAACAGGCAUGGUUCGGUUUCGCAGGUACCCCUGGCUAUCUGUCCCCUGAGGUCCUGAGGAAGGAUGCCUACGGAAAGCCUGUGGACAUAUGGGCCUGUGGUGUUAUUCUGUAUAUCUUGUUGGUGGGCUAUCCUCCAUUCUGGGAUGAAGACCAACACAAACUCUACCAGCAGAUCAAGGCUGGGGCCUAUGAUUUUCCCUCUCCAGAGUGGGACACUGUUACUCCAGAGGCUAAGAACCUUAUUAAUCAGAUGUUGACUAUUAAUCCUUCCAAGAGAAUCACUGCUGAUCAGGCUCUCAAACAUCCAUGGAUCUGCCAACGUUCCACCGUGGCGUCUAUGAUCCACAGACAGGAGACAGUGGAAUGUCUGCGCAAGUUCAACGCUCGGAGGAAACUCAAGGGAGCGAUCCUCACCACCAUGCUGGUGUCCAGAAACUUCUCAGCAUGCAAAAGUUUACUUAACAAGAAGGCGGAUGCUGCUAAGCCUACGACCAACAACAACAGUAAGAACAGCAUAGUGAGUGCCAUCAAUGCCAUGAAGGACAACAGCAUGGCCGCCGCACAAAUGGAAUCUCAAAAUACAGUGGUUGCUGCUGAUGGGGUCAAGGGUUCUACAGAGAGUAGCAACACAAAUGAGGAUGAGGAUAUGAAAGCCCGUAAGCAGGAGAUCAUCAAGAUAACUGAACAGCUGAUUGAAGCUGUGAACAAUGGAGACUUUGAGGCCUACACGAGGAUCUGUGAUCCAGGUCUGACCUCCUUUGAGCCUGAAGCUCUGGGAAACCUGGUGGAGGGAAUGGACUUCCACAAGUUCUACUUUGAAAACUUGCUGAGUAAGAACAGUAAGCCUGUCCACACCACCCUGCUGAACCCCCACGUUCAUCUGAUUGGAGAGGAGGCUGCCUGCAUCGCCUACAUCCGCCUUACACAAUUCGUCGAUAGCCAGGGCCGCCCCCGCUCCAGCCAAUCGGAGGAGACCAGGGUGUGGCAUCGCCGCGACAGCAAGUGGCUCAACGUCCAUUUCCACUGCUCUGGUGCUCCGGCUGCACCCCUGCAGUGAUCUGGUGUACAAACACUCCAGUCGGAGUGUGAGUUUUUUGGGGCGUGUUUUCGGCUAGUGUGUUUUGGCGGCGUGUCCUCUUUGUGGAUUGGCCCAUGCCAGGUGCCCGGCCGGGCAAGACUGCACCCUCUCUGCAACACCAACCAAUCCCGUCUAUCCUUUGAUCCGCUGGGGGCCGGCCGAGUGUGGACUCCGCCCCUGUGGGAAUGAUGCAUGCAUCUGAUGCCCAAUAGGAGGGCUUGUCCUUUGACCUCUGACCCCUCCCACCCGGCAGCCAUUUUGUCUCCCGUCCACGGCAGCCAUUUUGAGAUGAUGAGAGGAGCGGGGGGAGGAAUGAAGGGUUAAUGAACUUGUAAUGCCAGAUAUGACAAUGAGUUGUAAGUAUACAGGAUAAUAUAUGACUAGUAUCAGACAACACCCAACCCUACCAAGCAUUUAUAUAUACGUCGAAUGAGAGGAGAGGAGAAUGUGUGUGAUUUGUGAGAGGUGACAUGUUGGGUUUUGUAAAUGGAGAAUUCCCUAGCAGAGUUCUGAACAGAAGGACCGUCGGUUCGAUCAGAAAGAAUGUAAUAACUUGAUGUGAGGAAACACCAAAGUGUACAACUGUAGGCUUUUUACACGUUUCUGUGUUUUUUGCUGGUGUAGUUUUUGUUGAGAGAAGGGAAGGUAGGGGGGUGCAUUCGAGAGCGAUUUUGUUUCUGUUGUGUUUUUAGCCUUGUGUUUACGUUGCGUUUCUGUGGACUGUGUCUGAGUCUGUUUGAGACUAAUUGUUAGUGACUGAGUUUUAAAAGGGGUUUUAUUGUAAAAGUGAAGCUGCAGUGUGUAUGGCCUGUCUGUUUUAUCUGUCUGCAGUGGGAGAGGGGGACUUUUGGGGAAAAGGCGUCUGCAUUUUGCAUGUUUUCUCUCGCUCUCUCCCUUUCCUCACCCCUCUCCAUUUCACACUCCCACCCUCUGUGUGUUUUUAGAUGGUGUGUGUGUAUAAGUCUGAGACUCAUUCAGAGGCACGACAAAGGGGUCAACAUCAUCUGGUCACACACACCAGCCGUAGUCCCAUGGCCAUGUUCCUGACCCCAUUUUGACAUGACCUCUGACGUCUACAUGUGGUUGACACCGUGUGACGAUCGACAAGGGUGCUCACGCGUCAACACGUGCACGCCUCCCGCCCAAAUUCUUACUCUAUCCUCACAUCCUGAGCCUCCAGUCUCACACGUUCUGUGUAAAUGCAUAUCGUGAACACACUUGCUCACACCUACACAGUCUGGUGUGUCAGGCGUUGUAACAUAUCUUCACCGCUGUACUGUCUCCAUGGUGACACCCUGGUAGUGUGUUUUCAUCCGUUCUUCGUGCGGAGUCCCUCCAUCAGUAACAGUGUCCUUCAUUCUCCCCACUUGUAGAGCGGUGUCUGUUUCUCUGUGUGUCUGUCUGUCUCCUGGUUUGGGUUUUGUUGACAAUGUUUUUGUUUACUGUUUGCUGUUUGCAAAGUUCUGCACUCUAUACUAUAUAUAUAUAUAUAUAUCUCACACACACACACACUAAAGUUACACCAACUUUUUAACUGAUCAGACUAGCUGGUUAUAAUAUCACAGGGAAGGAAGGGACUUUAAUCAAAAUCAGUUGUUGAGGAUAGAAAUCUGUUACACACACACACACACACACACACACACACACACACACACACACACACACACACACACAGGGAAAAGGGAAUAGAGGGUGAACGUGGAGACAACAUAAUCAAUUAAAAUGAACAGGAAAUGUAUUCAUUUAAUUUCACCCCCUCAGUGGUAUUUCAGUCCUUAUAUUGGCCAUUCAGGUGACAGAAGAGCGGUAGAGAGUUCAGAGAUCACAUAAUUAUCUGUGGAAUUAAACCAGAGAGAGAUGUAUGCAUGUUUUCAGUUUAAGCAUCUCCACCAUGCCUGAACUAGGGUAGAGGAUAGGGUAUAUGCUAACAAUAUCAUAUUUGCAUCUUUUGAAAUAAAAAUGAUAAACCUGCCUCCAUCCAGAAUAUUGAAUAGGUGACAUGAGAUUAAAAAAAUAACAUAAAAAACUAUUUAAUUACAAAAAGGAUUGCGGAGCCUUAGCUUGUUAUGAAGCUCAUUGUCAGUACUCUCCCUGCGUUGUGAUGUUAACCUGUCGGCCUGCGCUUUCUUUCCCCAGCAGUCGUUGGACGCUGGAGUUUUUUUUCUUUUCUGCAUGAUCAUUAUGUACGGUAAAAUAAAACCAUGAAUUGAGGACGAUCACGUGUUUGUCUCAAUGUUAGUAGGUCCUUUAUCAUAGCUUUGUUAUUCAACUUGGAUCUUGAAAGUAUUUAAUAAAAAUAUUUCAGCACC